AUGGAUCCUCCUCGCGCAUCUUCUCACAGCCCGCGGGAUACUAGCCCUAGUGGAAGCGAUGACCUCAGUACUGUUAUGACGAGCCCAGACCGCCGCUUAUCAGAACAACGAAGCCUCCAGCCGGAGCUCGAGCGUCUUCAAACCAAUCUCGACGACGUCGAACUAGCGCGUAUCGAAACCUACCGACUCCAACACCGCUCGACAGUAGGCUCAGGCACUGGCAUCACACCUCGUGAACAAUGGCUUCCCCUCGGAGCUGGGAAGCCCUACCCACCUUCUCUCCCGGAUCCAGAACAAUAUGUCGUGGAAUUCACGGAUGCCAAUGAUCCUCUCCAUCCCCAGAACUGGCCAUUCUCUAAGAAAAUUGGUAUCUCGGUGACUCUAGCCUAUACAACAUUCGUGUCCUCCUUCGCUAGUGCCAUUUUCUCCUCCGCAGUCGGCGAGAUCGCUCCCCAUUUCCAUAUCAGCACGGAGGUUGCCAUUCUCGGUGUUACCUUGUAUGUCCUGGGUUUCGCGUCUGGACCAACAGUCUGGGCACCGGCCAGUGAGCUUAUAGGCAGAAGAUGGCCAAUCUGUAUUGGCAUGUUCGGCUACUCUAUAUUUACUAUUGCGACAGCGACAAGUAAAGAUGUCCAAACAUUGAUGCUAACCCGGUUCUUUGCUGGGUUCUUCUCUGCCAGCCCCAUCGCCAUCGUGCCUGCCGUCUUUGCCGAUAUAUACAACAACCAGACAAGAGGUGUGGCUAUUGCCAUGUUUGCCAUGGCUGUGUUUGUGGGACCGUUCGCCUCGCCAUUCGUCGGUGGCUUCAUUACAUCCAGUUAUCUUGGCUGGCGAUGGACUAUGUACAUUGCCUCCAUCAUGGGUUGGCUGGCUACUGGACUUUGUCUUCUACUUUUGAAGGAAACGUAUGCACCCGCUGUGCUGGUGGAGAAAGCGUCUACUCUCCGACGACAGACCCACAAUUGGGGUAUUCGCGCUAGACAGGAGGAGAUUGAGCUCGACUGGGGUGAACUCAUCACGAACAACUUCAGUCGACCAUUCCGUAUGCUCUUCACAGAACCAAUUGUCUUCUUGAUUUCCUUGUGGAUGAGUUUCGUCUAUGGACUGAUGUAUGCACUUCUCGGCGCCUAUCCGGUCGUGUUCCAAGGCAUCCACGGAAUGAGUCUGGGCGUUGGCAGUCUGCCCUUCAUCGCACUGAUUAUUGGUGAGGCUCUAGCCGGCUCCUAUAUCCUCUGGGACCAGAAGGCAUACAGCAAAAAGUUGGCUGCCAACAACAACAUUCCCAUCCCGGAGUGGCGACUCCCCCAGCCAUCGUGGGUGUCAAUCCAUUGGAUGGCUCCUACUGCCAGUGGAAUAAUGACUGGAUUUGGGAUCUACGUCAUCUUCUUGGAGUGUUUCAAUUAUCUGAUUGAUUCGUACUUAACCUUUGCUGCAUCCGUCUUCGCUGCGAAUACAAUUAUCCGAUCAGCCGUCGGUGCCGCUUUCCCGUUGUUCUCUAAGCAGAUGUUCAAUAAUCUGGGUGUGCAGUGGGCUGGUACUCUUCUUGGAUGCCUUGCCCUCAUCAUGGUUCCUAUUCCUCUGGCAUUUAUCAAAUGGGGACCUUCGUUGCGGAAGAGAUCGAAAUUCGCCCCGAUCUUUGAACCGAAACCUACGACUCAAGUUGAAAAGCAUGGAUCUCAAGCUGUUUAG